CAGAGUUGUCGGUCGAUAGUUGUUCAACUGAUUAAUCAAAAAAGGAUCAGCAUGUGGUUAUUUCAUUAUUUUUAUCUAACAACUAUAGCGUGCAUGUCAAAACGACUUCUUUACUUUGAACGCCAUUGCCGUCGUGAAGAAGUCAUGUGUCCAGAAGUUAAGACAGGCGUUAUUAUCCAUGUCAUGUCUUAAGAUGGAACGCGUUAUUUAUGCAGUGGCUGUCAUGUCUAUCCAUACACAACAAUAAAGGUGAAUUUUGUGAGAUUGGAGACGUACCUGUGAUCCUUAAGUGCAGUGUGGCCGCGGCUGCUGAAUAGAUGACAGUUACCACGUUUUCGCUGAUAGGAACAGCCAGAAAAUGGGCAAGAUUUUUCAUGACCGACCUAUAAAAAUAUUUCCAUUAAAUUUUCAACUAAAAUCGCAGAAGCCAGCGUCAAUACUUAAAUGUUUGUUAUCAAUGAAAAUAUCGGAUGCAAUCGAUUUUUUUGCAAUACAUGUAUCAAAAACAAUAGAGAUAAUGUAAUACGCAAACUGAAUCCAAAUCUUAAGAUGGGGACACUUGGCGUGUACUUCGUAAUCGAUUCACGCCACUCUUCACUUCAGGAAAAUUAAAGAAUAUGCUUCAUCUUAUGAUUGAGCGCGCCAACAAGUAUAUAGAACACGUCGAAAUGUUAUGCGACCACCAACCGGAGCAGGAUAUUCAUACGCUUGUCCAGAAAUACACGAUGGCCACCAUUGCGGCUUGUGCUUUUGGUUUAGAUAUCGACACGACGGAUCCAAACAAAGAUCAACUGAAAACAUUAGAAGAAAUCGACAGGCUGUCACUAACUGCAAACUUUGCUUUUGAAUUGGACAUGAUGUAUCCGGGUGUUUUGAAAAAGUUGAACAGUACAUUGUUUCCGGGAUUUGUGUCUAGGUUCUUCAAAGAUGUAGUCAAAACUAUUAUCGAGCAAAGGAACGGUAAGCCCACAGACCGGAAUGACUUUAUGGAUCUCAUUUUGGCUCUGAGACAAUUGGGUGAUAUCCAAGCAACAAAGAGAAACUCGGAAGACAAGGAAUACAGUAUUGAAUUGACGGAUGAAUUAAUAGAGGCUCAAGCCUUUGUGUUCUAUAUAGCGGGAUAUGAAACCAGUGCCACUACAAUGACCUUCAUGCUAUAUCAGUUAGCUUUAAAUCCUGACAUUCAAGACAAAGUUAUAGCUGAAAUUGAUCAAGGUCUAAAAGAAUCCAAAGGGGAAGUCACCUACGAGAUGCUUCAGAAUUUAACGUAUUUCGAAAAAGCAUUUAAUGAGACCUUGCGUAUGUACUCGAUAGUGGAACCUCUGCAAAGAAAUGCAAAGAUAGAUUAUAAGAUACCUGAUACGGACAUAGUUAUUGAGAAAGGAACAACAGUUUUAUUCUCGCCCUUAGGGAUACAUCACGACGAGAAGUAUUAUCCCAAUCCAAGUAAAUUUGACCCUGAGAGAUUUUCUCCAGCUAAUAUCAGCGCGAGGCAUCCUUGUGCUCACAUACCGUUCGGCACUGGCCCGCGUAAUUGCAUUGGGAUGCGGUUUGCGAAAAUUCAAAGCAGAGUGUGUAUGGUGAAAAUGUUCUCAAAAUUUCGUUUUGAACUAGCAAAGAAUACGCCUAGAAAUUUGGAUAUCGAUCCUACAAGGCUACUUCUCGGCCCAAAGGGUGGCAUUCCUUUGAAAAUUGUAAGGCGAUGAAAAGGAAAAAAAUGCAACGUUAUGGUUUCCAACCACUUUUGCAAACCCAAACAUCUUAUUAAGCAUUGGAUUGUUUCUGAUACUUCAUUUUAUUUCCAUCAAAUGCCAAAUUAGCAAGAAAUUUUAGAAUUGUCUCGAGAUGAAAGAGACUUCUUUGAACACAAUUCAACUUAAAAUUUGAUGACAGAAUAAAAAAAAACGGAGAUUUAUGUACACGAAGUUGCUUUAUUUUACUUGUCUGUUCGGAUGGAUUAUUUUAAUUGAAUAUAAAGUAUUUUUUUUUAUUUUUUAAACUUAAAAAUUAAAACAAGCCACAAAGUAUUCUGACAAGAUAAUCUAGUUAAAUAUUUAUGUUCUGUCGAAACUCGAUUAUUUGUUUUAUCGGCAAACAUUCCCUACAUUAAUUCAACUGACACUUUAAAUUAUUUUUUUAAGUAUUAUUUGUAUUAAUAUCCAAUUGAAUAUGUAAAUAAAUUAGCAUUUGUAAAUACCGAGAAA